AUGCAGUUCACCAGAGCCCUGCGCCAAGCUGCUCACGCCGCCGAGCGUGUGCCCUUGAUCAGAUUCGUUGGCCGCCGCGAGAUCCCAGCCAAGAUUGACCACAGCCCGCAACCACACCCUGCCUCGCCCACUGGCAGCCUGCCCGCAGGUUUUGGUGCCAACGGCAACUCCCACACCUCCUUCAGCAGCUACCGUGAUUCGGCACAGCAGCACGGCCCUCUGCGCAAGAGCGUCGGACGCAUUGGAGGUACUUCGGGUUCCAAGCUGGGCGCCGUCGCCGCUCCCAAGGGCCAGUUCUUUGACCGUAGCGAGCUCCCUGCCCGAUUCAGACGUGCCCCAAUUGAUCUGGCCGAGAUCGAGGCUGUCGAGAGCGGCGGUGCUGCACUCUUCGGUUGA